CAUAACAAGAACAAACCCUUUCUCUCUCUCUCAAAACUUAGGAGUAAAUUUUCCUCUUGAUCAUCUUUUGCUCCCCUGUUCUCUGCUUUGCAUAACCACACUCAGAGUUUUGAUGCUCUCCCUCUUUUCCUCUCUCCCAUGUUCUGCGCAUUCACACAAAGCGCGGCUCUCUUCCUCUUCCUGUUCUCUUCUCUUUUUCUCUCCUCUUUUCCCAUUUCUUUUUCCAUCCUUCCGGUCCAGCAAAGAAGCCUGGUAUUAUCGCUGCCUAGGACUUGAUCCUUGAAGCUCUUAUCCAACACUCUUUCAUUUAUCUCGGUCGGUCAAUAGAUACAUAUUUGAGUUUGUUUAUUCGAGACGGUUUUACACAUUUCCAAUGGGACAGAUCAAACCAUCUCCUGAUUUUAUGAGUGAAACAAACCACAAACCUAUGGAUGUCAGGGUGUUGAAGAAAAGUAUAUCUGACAAGAUGUUGCUGCCAAAGCCCAAGAAAAAGAAUGACGAGAAGAAGAAUGGAAAGAAUAAUAGUAACAAUAAGUUCUUGAUUACAAUAAACGUCCUUGGUAGCGCUGGACCCGUAAGGUUUGUGGUGAACGAGAAUGACAGUGUCUCAGAAGUGAUAGAUGCAGCCCUAAAACUUUAUGCCCGCCAGGAUCGCCUUCCCGUUCUUGGUUCUGAUGUCAACAGUUUCCUUCUCUAUCCAGCCAAUGCAGGAUUGGACGCUCUCAUCCUAUCAGAGUCAAUAGGAUUGCAGGGAGUGAGGAACUUUGUCCUCUGCAAGAAGCAGAGGCGGCCACAGAUGACAGAGGCAAGGUCGGAGAUGAUUUCUCGUAAGAGGAGUGGCAGUUGGGUGAAGGCGUGGUUUAACAAGUCCCUGAGCUCCAAGACGUUAUCGCACUGAUAUUCAUGCUUUCAGAAUUGGAAAUAAAUGGGCAUCCCCAAAUACACUCGUUACAAUGAACUGUGGUUGUGUGUUGACAUUUCAUAAUGCCAUGUAUAUGCUUGUGUUUCAUGAUCGCUUUCUUGUUGGGUUGUGUAGUUGUAUACACACGUAUGAUCAUGUGUGUUCUAUUUCCAAUUGCAGAUUUUGUAAAUCAUCAUAAAAUAUUUGCAAACAGAAUUUGGCUGGCCCAAUCACUUGAGGUCAGAAGUUUCA